AUGAGCGCGAGGGAACCGCAUCGCCGCUCCGCUCUCGUGCUCUACGGCUCCGAAACUGGCAACGCCCAAGAUGUUGCCGAAGAGAUAGGCGCUCUCGCCGAGCGGCUGCAUUUCACGACUCAUGUUUCUGAGUUGAACCAUGUCAAGGCGGACACGCUCAGUUCUCACACGGUUGUCGUAUUCGCUGUCUCGACAACGGGGCAAGGAGAUCUCCCCGCAAAUGCGAGGACGUUUUGGAGAUCGUUGUUGUUGAAGAAGCUGCCGCCGACCUUUUUGAGCGGGGUACAAUUUACGUGGUUUGGCCUUGGGGACAGUUCAUAUCCGAAGUUCAACUGGGCUGCGCGCAAACUAUACAAGCGAUUACUCCAACUUGGUGCAGAUGAGAUAUACCCUGGUGGGGAGGCUGACCACCAACAUCCGGAAGGCCUGGAAGGCACAUUCAUUCCGUGGUUGACGAGUUUCCGGAAGCACUUGCUCGAGCAAUAUCCCCUUCCACCAGGGCAGGAUCCGAUACCGGAAGACGUUCAGCUACCGCCAAAAUGGAUUCUGGAACUCCGAGAUCAAAGCGCAUUAUCGCCAGCUGAGAACACUGCUCGUAAAGUGUCAGAAAAUGGGACAAUAUCAGGCGAUUUCCCGGACUCGUACCGUCUUGACACUGACCAGCGGCCGCUCCACGAUAGCUUGACAGCAACACUGGUUCAGAACGAGAGAGUCACGCCGCAGACACACUGGCAGGACGUGCGCCAUUUAUCCUUGACCGUUCCCGAUGCAGUCUCUUAUGCUCCAGGAGAUGUUCUCGCCAUUACCCCGAAAAACACGCCGGAAGAUGUCCAAAGCUUGAUUGAGCUGAUGGGCUGGCAGGACCAAGCCGAUCAACUGGUCUCCUUGGCCCCUCGCGACAGAACUCGCUCAGUGGAUGAGCUGCCCGUUCCGCCUAUCCAUAAUCUUGACUCACAUCCGAAGUUGACCCUGCGUGAGCUACUCAUCAACUAUCUAGAAAUCAGAGCGAUUCCGCGACGCUCAUUCUUCUCGGCAAUCGCGCACUAUACCAGUUAUGAGAUGCACAAGGAGCGGCUACUAGAGUUCACGAACCCAGAGUAUCUUGACGAAUUCUGGGAUUAUACCACGCGUCCACGGCGCAGCAUCUUGGAGGUUCUACACGAAUUCGACACAGUCAAGAUUCCCUGGCAACACGCGACAUCGGCCUUUCCGAUACUGAGAGGGAGACAGUUUAGCAUCGCCAGCGGGGGCGAGCUCAAGCGAACGCCAGAAGGUGGCGCACGAUUCGAGCUCUUGAUUGCCAUUGUCAAAUACCGCACUGUCAUCAAGAAGAUCCGGGAGGGUGUUUGCACGAAAUACAUUGCCAAUCUUCGGCCUGGGAGCAUACUGAAAGUCCAAUUACAGCGUGGCGGCCUCAAUUCAUCUGUUGGCCAACUAGUCGGCCCGACGAUGCUGAUCGGACCUGGUACCGGCGUUGCACCGCUGCGAUCAAUGCUAUGGGAGAAAGCUGCUAUCGUCAAAUCCUACCAAGAAGAAAAUCCGGGGGUGGAGGCGCCCGUUGAACCGACGAUUCUUCUUUACGGAGGUCGAAAUCGAGCUUCGGAUUACUUCUUCGAGGAGGAAUGGCGGCAGUUGAGCGGACUAGUCAAACUGCAGGUCUUGACGGCGUUCUCGAGAGAUCAGCAAAAGAAAAUAUAUGUCCAAGAUGUCAUCAAAGAGAACUCUCAGCUAGUAUUCAAACUCCUACACGACAAGGGCGGUGCGGUGUUUGUAUGCGGUUCGUCAGGGCGGAUGCCUCAGGCUGUUCGGGAGGCAUUGACAGAAGCAUUCCAGUAUGGUGGUGAUGCUGAAUCGCAACAAUUCAGCCGGCGAGAGGCCGAGGAAUAUUUGGUGGGAAUGGAAAAGACAGGGCGAUAUAAACAAGAGACUUGGUGA